AGUGCGUUUGACAAGAGUGCAGGUGGCGCGUGGGUGCGAGUGCGCGCGCGCAAUAUUGUGACAUAUUUUGAUCGAUCUAUUUUUUAUUUGUGUAUGUGCUCACGGACUGCGGUUUUGUGAAAUUUUAGAUCGAUUUUGGAGUUGAUUGGAUUUUUCUAAAAUCUAAAAAUGGUCAGUUACACCAUUGUAAUAAUGGCGCUGGCCAGCAUUAGUCACGUCGCGGAGCCGGUCUCACCGCUUCUUGGCAGUUUCCCUGGUUUGCACCUCACUGGCCCUGGAGCAGAGUUCGCGAAAGUCAUUACUGCUGGCCUGACGCCGCAGAGGCUGCCAGUCGCUGGAUUUGGCACCCCUGUCGCCGCCAACUCCGCAGCGCCACCUGGAGUAUCAAGUUUCAGCAACCCGCCCCCACCGCUGGGGUCGGGGCAGGACCCCGCGACCCAGACCUGUGGGUUAGCCCCACCAUUCUGCACUAACUCCCGCUACCGCUCCAUCGAUGGUACAUGCAAUAACCUACAGAAGCCAUCAUGGGGAAUUCCGCAGACGCCUUAUGGAAGACUGCUCCCAUUCAAUUAUGCUGACGGCGUGAGUGCAAUGCCGCUAUCACGGUCGGGCCGCCCACUUCCCAACCCUCGCGAGAUCAGCUUGCGGUUGUUCCCUGACCGCCAGCUGGUGGAUCCCAUCUGGAACCUCAAUGCCCAGCAGUGGGGACAGAUAAUAACCCACGACAUGUCCCUGACGGCUGGUGUGGCGCAAUCCCCUGUGAAUUUGCCGACCUACACAAAUAAGGAUCAAAUCGUAUGCUGCGACGACAACGGCCAGCUUUCGUUCGACGCCAACGUCAACCCUACGUGUGCGCCCAUCCUAAUUCCCCGCAACGACCCUGUGCACGCCUCUCAGGGGACACAGUGCAUGAACUUUGUAAGGACGGGCACCACGAGGGACAGGGGCUGCACGCCGCCUAGUGCCCCUGCUGAGCCGAUAUCCACGGUCACAGCGUACAUGGACCUAUCCCUGGUGUACGGAAGCAGUGCCUCUCAAGCGGCCCCGCUUCGUGCCCGAGCUGGUGGUCGCCUUUUGACCAUUCUACGUAACGGCCAGGAGUGGCCCCCACAGGACCCCAAUAUUACACUCACUUGCGAAUCCGCCUUGUCUCUCAACGAGCCUUGCUAUUUGACUGGCGACAUCAGAGUAAACCAAAACCCGCAGCUCACCGUCCUGCAAAUCAUGUUGCUCCGUGAACACAACCGCAUCGCAGACGUUCUAGCAACCUUGAACCCCCACUGGAACGACGAGACCUUAUUCCAAGAAGCCCGGAGAAUCCAUAUUGCGGAAAUCCAACACAUAAAUUACUACGAAUACUUACCCAUAUUCCUUGGCUUCGAGAACAUGGUAAAGAAUAAGCUGAUCUACCCGGGCGUGAAGGGAUUCGUGAAUGACUACAACCCCAGCGUGGACCCGGCCAUCUUGGACGAGCACGCCACUGCCGCCUUCAGGCACUUCCACACACUCAUCAGAGGUUUCUUGAAAUUGAUUGCGGAGAGCCGUGCCCACAUCGGCACCGUUCGUAUGAGCGACUGGUUCAAUCGACCACUCUUGCUUGAGCUCCAGAACUCAUUCGAGAACCUGGCCAGAGGGCUCACAGUUCAACAGCAGGACUUCAGUGACCAAUUUUGGGACAGCGAGAUAACGCAGUUCCUCUUCAAACGGAAUAACACGUUCGGUGGUGACCUGCGCGCCACGGACAUCCAGCGUGGUCGUGACCACGGCUUGGGCUCAUAUGUGGCGACCCGAGGGGCCUGCGGACUCCCAGUACCCACCAGCUUCCAUGACAUGCUGGACUACAUAUCUCCUGAGAACGUAGAAGUCCUUCAAACAUUAUACGAGUCGCCGGCCGACGUGGAGCUGGUGGUGGCCGGGUCGCUGGAGCGCAACGUGCCCGGCGCCCAGGCAGGCCCGACCUACCUGUGUAUCCUCACUGAGCAGUUCUACAGGACCAGGGUGGGCGAUAGAUACUUCUAUGAGAAUGGAGUAGACUCCGUCACUGCUUUCACACCUAGCCAGCUGGAGACGAUCAGACACGGCGCGUCCAUGGCGCGACUGUUCUGCGACAAUGUGGAAGGCAUCUCAAUCAUGCAGCCCAAAGCCUUCCAGCAAAUCAAUCAGGCGAACAAAUUGGUCCCAUGUGCCAACUUACCGUUCGUCGAUUUAACACUAUGGCAGGAUGCUAGGAGAAACAGCUACAAAUGAUUUUCAUAAGUUAAAGUUAAAGUAAAUUUUAAUGCGCGAAAGUUAAAUUGUAUUGUGAUCUUUUUGUGAUUUUUUAUCAGAUAUUUAUAUAUUAUCAUGACCAAGUGUAAUAUUGGAAUAUUAUGGAAUUAUACUGAAAAAGAUAUAAGUAUUUUUAUAUUUAUCUUUAGAAUCUUACCAGAUUCAUAUUAAAAAAUAUAUUUUUAACAAAAUACUAUCAAUUUAAGUAGAAAAGAAGUAGGUAAAUAACGUUCCAAGUUAAUGUAGAUAAGUUAUUUUUUCUGUGAAUACUUCAAGUUACCAUUUUAAUGAUUUUAUAUGUUUAUACUUAAUAAGUUAUUUCUAGCACAAUCCAUAACCUCGCUAUCUAUUUAAGAGUUACCUUGAGACAAAUAAUGUUAAUUUAUUUGUGAAGAAUGUGCAGUGUGUCAAAUAAACAAAAGGAGCUUACGAGUCACAUUUCCGAAAUGUUUGUUAUCUUUUGCCAUUAAAUUAAUAAUCAUUAACAACAGUCUUCAAAAACUAAGGAUUUUUUUUUCUAAUGUCAAUGAUUUGUCCAUGAAUUGUUUAUCCAUUUAUUUAUUUUUAAGAAAUCUAAAAUAAAAUUCAUGAAAUAGCUACAUAUACCUAUUUAAAAUCAAUUUGAUUAAACAGCUUCUUUUUUCUAUCUAGAUCAGAUUUAAGUGUACAUAUGAUAGAAACUGGUAACUUUGUAAAUGACUGCGUUCCAUACAAACCAAAUGUCAUUUGAAAUUUUGUAAAUAUUGAGAACAAUCGUGUAAAUGAAUGUUAUGUUUUUUAAGUAAAUUCCUGUUCAAUAUAAAUGUAAAUACAUAAUUUAAAUUUAAA